UCGUCCGUCUGUUCGCAGCCGCCGCGGUGUCAAAAUUCACAUUUUUUUGAAAAGGAGCCUCGCAGAGUGAUUGAAUCGCUGCAAAAAGAGUUUGUUUAUUGGACAAAAGUAUCUGGAUCGGAUUUCUUAUAGUCUACGAUAUUAAAGAAAGACUGGUCUGUAAUUUACCUAUCCAAUAUCAGCCGAAAAGGAAGCAGCAGCUUAAAGUUUACCAUUGAUUGAAGCGUUUUUUUUCGGACCGCAGUUCAGUGUGCGUGUUGUGUGUGAUAAGAAGAGAAAGUUUUUUUUUUUCUGAGGCUGGAGAAAUUUUCCAUCCUUGCGGAAGUUUCUUCUCAACUGAUAAAUAUUGUGAAAAAUAUCUGGUGAAAAUGGUCCUUUGUCGUACCGAAAAGUGAGUGCAAGGAACUCCGUUGAGGAGACAACGAUAGCCGGAUCUCGAACAGCAUAAGCAAUAUCUGCUCUAACAUGGAUCCAUAAGAUAGACGCGCUCAAGCAACUGAUUAUCCCGAAAAGCAUUAGUAAAGCAUUUUACAUACAUAUAAUUGUCCUGUAAAAUCGGUACCUCUAUCUCUAGUAAAAUGUUUCAACUAAACCGAUUCUUCAGCAAUUGAUAAAGACUGAUAACUGAAGGUGUAACGCUGAUCAACAAUUCCAAUAGCCGAAAGCUAGCAGACGCACGUGCAAUUGUUAUUCAAAAAAAAAAUCAAUCAAAAUGUCCUUUUCCAACGGAACUCAAAUGAAGUCCUCGGUCAUCAACAGCGACGGAACGCCGGCGGCUGCAGCAGCUCCAAACACCACCACAACCAGAGUUCCUGGUCCUGGGCGGCCGCAAAGCUACAGCAGCCUGUACAACAACAGCAAAGAUACGUCCGAUCGAUUGUUGUGGGAAAUGCGAGUGGCCAAUAGGACCCCGAACACCACGCCGGUCAGCACGGUGCUGAAUUCACCGGAUCUCACCGAUCUGGAUACCAAGAUGCGAUACCAGCACAGUACCCUGAUGCAACAUCAUCAGAUCAAGGUGGGCCGCAGCCCGGUCGGAAGUGGAGGGGCCAACGAUAGUAGCAACAAUUCCAGCAACCCAUCUAGUCCAAUACAGGCCCCGCCGGGAGAUGGCUUUAUCGGUGGUCCGGGCCAGACUGUGUACAAUCGGUGGCACAUGAUGCAGCAACAGCAACAGUUGCACCAUCAUCAGCAACCGUUCGGCCUGCUUUCGGAUGGAGAGAUGGUGGUGUUUGACGAUAUUGACGGUGGAGUCAGCGGCGGUAGUGGUGGCGGUGGUGGAUGUGACUGGCGGGGGUUGGCCAACCGAGACAUACUCGGUAGUUCACCGGUGCCUUCCGAAAACGAAGACGACGACGACGAGGAGGACUUUGAUGACGGUGAGCGAAACUAUUACGAUGUGGAUAGCACGAAGAUUCAAAGGAUUAUCGGAGGGUUGACGAUUGCUGAGUACGAGGGAUCACCGCGGCGGUUCGGUAAUAUCGAUCGAGAUUCGGGGGAUCCUCCUGGCAAUGGGGGCUGUGGUGACGGCGGAGGGAGCAGUUCAUCGAUUGGUGCCGGGAGAUCGACAGGAGCAGCGAGACCUGGAUUUCCAAAGCGUGUUAUCUCUCCCAGCAUCUCGGACACGCGACCAGGCUCAACGGAGGGCACUAGGGGAGCAACUCAAACAGCGGAGCUGAUCGAUCUGAACGAUGACCCCGACCGAACUGGUGGCCGAAUUCCACUGUCUUCAUCGUCCUGCAUCAGCGACAGUAAGUUCAACCUAACAUAUGUCGAUUAUUUCACCUCAAAUACGCCAGUAAAAGAGCUGGAACAAGAUCGAGAGACCACUUUCGAUGGGGAGGGAGACGAUCAGCAGAAUCGAACCCCAACGAACAUCAGUAUGCUAGCGAAUCGGGAACGGCUAGCUACUGCUGGCGGAGAUUCAGCCGCCGAUGCUGCCCUAGCCGAUGAUUACUUCUUUGCGUACAGUGUUGCCAAUCGGAAUGCUCAAUCCAACUCGUACGUUGGCCACCGUUUGGCAAACAAAGCCGGGGAGGGAAAUACUUCUGUCGGUUCCUCGCCAAGAAAUACCGCAGCAGAUGAACAGGAACAGUAUUUCGAAGGACAUUUGAGUAACAACUAUCCUUAUUAUCACAAGUAUAAUCACAGUUAUCACUAUUCAAUUGGUACUAAUAAUAACAACGCGCAACAAUUGGAACUGCACAAUAACCAAUCGAGGUACUAUCAACAAUCGUACUACCAGAGCAACAACACAGGUAGUGAAGGCGGCAUGGUCGAUGGUUUCGUCAACGCGGAGAACGAGCCGCAAAACAUAGAACUUUACAUUGAUCCUGGAAGUGGGGGCGGCGUUCCAGGUGACCAGAUCAAUGCCGGAAUUGAGGCGGAGUUGGAACACCACCACCAUACGCACUUUCACUCGCAUUCGCACAUCGAUAGCAAGCUGCGAAAUUUUACCCUCUCGCCCGAGACAACCGACUACGAUUCUAACUGCGGCGAUUUGGACUCGGAGGUUUCGCUCCGUUACAUCGGGAACGAAUAUGGGCUUUCUGGUGAUUUGAACGGCCUAACCGGUCACGGCACCGGUAUGGACAGCAUUACCGAUUACGGUCGGCUGUACAGCAGUAUGCCCAUACUCGAGGAUGGUCUGUCGAGUGGGCAUGCCUCCGAUACUGAGAACAAUCUACCUCCGUUGCCGAUGCAUCAAUCGGCUGUGAUUCCGCCGAGAUCGGGCAUAUCCAUCGUCAUGGAUCGCCAGCAUGAGAGCUUUCUGCAGUCGGAGCCGGAUGAUCCGACGAUUAACUUGAGCGGCGGGACCAUAGUUGACUCCUCGGAAGAGCAGGAAUCCGGUCAUCCCUUCAUCUCUUCCAUUCCGAUGGCUUCCACUUCUGAGCUGGAGCAACAGCCUGAAGAGGAGUCCUGUGACGAAGUUCAAGAGGCCAUCAAAGAUAUCAAGGAGGCCCUACAAAAGACCAAAAUAUUACCAACAACCGAGGGAAAUUCUGCCCUGGAUGCUGAUCAUCCGGAUGGACCGGGAGCGGUAUCACCCGUGUGGGUUCCGAGAUCGUACGACAAAUCCCGGGAAAGCUUAGAUUCAGAUGCGCCCGUAAAACUAUUAAGUGCAGACGAGGAAGAAGCCGAUACAGAUUUGGAAACCGAUCGGUUAUUGGGUCAGCAACGUUUAGAUGAUCACGGAUUCGGCGAUGAAAAGAGCUGGAUGGACCGGCCCAAGAUUCGAUCGAUCCUGGCUCCAUCGAUUCCGCUGGUGGUCGGCAAAAAUCAUACCGCAAUCCGUGCCGGUGUGGGGACGCAACUGUCGAUGGAGUCACCGACCAGUAAGACACCGGCCGGAGGAAAUCUCUACGGAAACGGCGGGAGUAUACUGCUGGGGGUUGACGAUGAUGUGACCGGCGGCGAAAAGGAGGAACUCAAGCUGGCCGCCGAUAAAAGUCCCGUCGAGAAGAGUGAUACGGACAAAAAGAGCAAACGAAAAACUAAAGAGGGCUUAUUGGACCCCGUAGUACUGAUCGAGGGAGUACUGUUCAGGGCACGCUACCUCGGCUCGACUCAAUUAGUGUGUGAAGGCCAACCGACCAAAUCGACUCGCAUGAUGCAGGCAGAGGAAGCCGUCUCACGGAUCAAGGCACCAGAAGGUGAAUCUCAGCCCAGUACCGAGGUGGAAUUGUUCGUUUCGACGGAGAAGAUCAUGGUGCUCAACACUGAUCUCAAGGAGAUCAUGAUGGAUCACGCACUGCGAACCAUUUCCUACAUCGCAGACAUCGGUGAUCUGGUGGUGCUUAUGGCGAGGAGACGCUUCGUUCCACAGGAUACGGAGUCGGUAGAUCCGGCAGCUCCACUCACCAGUGGUCAGCAGCCAGCAGGUCAAACUACCAAAGACGGGACAGGUAAGCAGCAGGACGAUGGCAGCAACGACAACAGCUCACCACCACCAAAGAAAUCACUGCCACGAGGCAACCGAACGCCUAAAAUGAUUUGCCACGUGUUCGAAAGCGAAGAAGCCCAAUUCAUCGCACAAUCUAUCGGGCAGGCCUUUCAGGUGGCUUAUAUGGAUUUUCUAAAGGCGAACGGAAUUGAGGAUCAUAGCUUCAUGAAGGAAAUGGACUAUCAGGAAGUGCUGAAUAGCCAGGAAAUCUUCGGCGAUGAGCUGGAAAUCUUUGCCAAGAAAGAACUGCAGAAAGAGGUGGUUGUGCCGAAAGCUAAAGGGGAAAUCCUCGGUGUGGUCAUAGUGGAGUCCGGCUGGGGUUCAAUGCUACCGACGGUCGUCAUCGCUAAUCUGGCAUCGACUGGUGCGGCCGCCCGGUGCGGACAACUCAACAUAGGGGACCAGAUCAUCGCGAUCAAUGGUCUCAGUCUGGUGGGUUUACCACUGUCCACCUGUCAGGGCUACAUCAAGAACACCAAAAACCAAACAGCGGUUAAGUUCACGGUGGUACCGUGCGCUCCUGUUGUGGAGGUGAAAAUCAAGAGACCGAACACCAAGUACCAGCUGGGAUUCAGUGUGCAGAACGGAGUGAUAUGCAGCUUACUGCGGGGCGGUAUUGCAGAGCGAGGUGGGGUUCGCGUCGGACAUCGGAUAAUCGAAAUCAACAACCAAAGCGUGGUGGCCGUUCCGCACGAAAAAAUUGUAAACCUUCUGGCGACUUCCGUUGGUGAGAUCCACAUGAAAACGAUGCCGACCUCGAUGUUUCGACUGCUGACCGGCCAGGAAAAUCCUGUCUACAUCUAAAGUGUAUAACAAGUACCGCUGCUCAAUCAAACAAUAGACGGCGUUAGGUACGAAUGUGAUAGUCAAAGAGUGACGAUACUUUUCUUAAGUGGUAGUACAUAUAAUAGGUAGUAGCAGACGUGUAAUAUUACUGCAACCCAACGGUAACGUUUUCAUAACUGGAGCAUGUCGCAGCUGCCUAGUGCUGUUGAAGCAAGUAACGUUGCCCAAGUUAAAUAAUACGCUUUUCGUUGGUACAACAGUUUAAUUCUAUCUUUUAUCUUAUAUUUCUUUAUAAGCAAGUUAAGUUUUCGGGAUUUUCCUCAAUUAGGAUAGUAGCUACCUAAUAUUUGAAAAUCUUCAAUUCGACUCAAAGGAAAAUUCACGGAUGAAAAAUCAAACCAAACGCUAUAGUUUUUUAUGUUUUUAUGUGUUGUUCCGUUGUGUUGUGUUGGUCGUUUGCUGAACUAUUAUCAGAACCCAAAAUGUUACUCCAUGGAAAUCGCACUGUUAUCUAACACAACAGUUAAUUUGUUAGUGAUAAAAUAUGGAAAAGGCAAAAUUUUCAAUGAAACACGUUCUGUUGAAUUUGUUUUUCAUUUCGUGCCUAGUUAACUGAUAUAUCAGCUACUCCACAAAAUUCUAAAAACGAAUUUAUCCACUACUUUAUUAUCAGUUUCACGAAGCUCAUGCAAUGCAACAUAAAAAAAAAUGCGCAAAAGAAGUAUUUAUUCGUAGCAAUAUAUACGUACAUAUGUAUCAGAAAUAUCAGAUAGGCAUUAAUAAAUUGAAUGAAUUAAGUGCGAACUCUCUCAAUUGUACUGCUAAAGCAAAAGCAAGAACGGCAGAAGUGAACUAAUACGACGCAUGGCUGGAAGAAUUCGAAAUUCAACAACCGAAUAUCUAAAAACAAACGCGGAAUAAGGUUGCUGUUUAAAUCUUACACACUUGCGAGAUUUGUGACCAAACAGUCAUGUUUAGGAUUAUGAAGAAAAACAAAGUUAAAGUACAGAGAAAAUAUUAAAAUUAAAGAGAAGUCGGCGUUUAAAUAAUAUCUUCUCAAAAACACUUCACGGUCUAUUCGGCGAUGCGUAAGAAAGGCGAGAUUUGUAUGUCAUACAUAUGUAUAGAAGACAGAAACCACACACACACACGUGUAACAUGUGUCGGUUGAAAACAUUAUUAAAAAAAACUCAAUAGCCGCGUAAAACAUCUAGAUAAAAAAAUAAAAAUAAAAACAGACGCAGCAGGAGAGAAAUCGGUGUGAGAAAAAAAAAAACAAUAUUUAAUGUGAUACUUAGCAUGUGUAAACAACCCAAAAAUAAAGCAAAACAACAAAAAACUUAUAAAAGCAUCAAUCAGCAUGAAUAACUAAAAAAAAAACAAUAACAAUAAAAA